AUGACCGAUUACAAAACAGUUUUUCGACCGUUUAUUGAUUUAUUCAAUCAAGGACAAGUACAAACCAUUUUGCUAGCAUGGCUUCCAACAAAAAUGGAAUCAUAUUUACCCGGCAUAAUGGCUGUAGAUAUGUUUUUAACAACAAUAAUUGCAUCAGGAAUAACAACUGUAUUUGCUGCUUUAUAUUUAUUUGUUAUCAGAAUUACAACAGGAAAUUGUUGGAAUAAAAACAUAGUCAAGGUGCAAAUUGAGCAUUAUGUAUCUGGAAUUUACGGUGACCAGCAAACCAGUACAUUUUAUCUGGCCAUAUCAUGGAUAAUUUCUCAACAAACUAAACAAUUAUCGAAAGGUAGUUUCCUUGUACAACCAGUGAAUUCCAUCACUAAAGUUGAUCCAGAUGAUGAUUGCGAGCCUCCUGGUUUCAACAUAUUACCCGAAAAAAAUCAAGUGGUGUCUAUUGAUUAUAAAGGAAGAAAAUUCGAUAUCACAUAUAGCAUCCCAGAAUCUGAUACCGAGAACAGAGAAAACGGUAAUAAUGGCAAUUCAUCAAACAUAAAACAAAUGCCAUCAAUUUAUUUGACAACAAUGGAAGAUUCGAAUACAAGUGUUGAUGCAAUAUCAGACUUCCUUAAUGAUGUCACUAGAUCAUACCUCGAAUCACGAAAGAAGUUACGUGUCAGAUCAAGAUACGAAAGAUCCAAUGCGUAUUGGCAUAAAGUACAAGCAUUAUCGUCAAAUAGAGAUUUGGAAACAGUUGCAUUGGAAGAAACACAAGAAUCACUAAUUAAAAAAGAAUUGGAGACGUUUACAUCUGACAAAGACUUUUAUCGAAAAAUUGGUAUGCCAUAUAGACGCGGAAUUUUGCUUUACGGCAAACCUGGAACAGGGAAAACAAGCUUAAUAAAUGCUAUUUCGUCAUAUUUAAAUCGAGAUCUUUAUUAUCUUAAUUUAAAGAAUAUGAGCGAUGAUAAUGAAUUGAAUGCAGCAUUUAGCUCUCUUCCUGCCAAUCAGAUCAUAAUAUUAGAGGAUAUUGAUACUCACUCAAAAACUUUACACAAAAGAGAAUUCGAAACAGAUGAUAUAUCUCAAAACAGAUUCAAAGAAAAUAAAAAUAACCUUAGUGGGAAAGUUGCUCCUAGAUUUUCAGGCUUUAGUUUAUCAACAUUCUUGGAUUGUUUAGAUGGUCAUUUAAUGCCGGAAGGUAAUAUUAUAAUUAUGACAACAAACCAUGUCGAAGUUCUUGAUCCAGCUUGUAUUAGACCAGGUCGUAUGGAUUUACAUUUGGAAUUAGGAUAUUGUACACAUUAUCAAAUCAGGAAAAUGUAUAAAAACAUAACAGAAAAUCCAAAAGCAGAAUUUCCGCAAGAAUUUCUUGAUAAAAUACCCGAAAAAUUAUUGCCACCGUGUGAAGUGAUGAUGACAAUGCUUUUAUAUAGAAAAGAAAUUGAUAUACUACCUGAAAAGGUGUUUGAGUUGACUUAUAAAUAUCAAAAUAUGAAACCAGAAGAAAUCGCAAAACUAAUGGAAGAUGAAUUAAAAAGAAUCAAAAAAGUAUCAAUUAGCAAAGAUAAUUUAAAUGAUGAAGCGAAAGAGGAAGCGAAGGAAUCAACAGCAGUUGGUGCUAGAGAUGGUAAAGAUAAAAAAACUAUUGAUGAUGAUAACAAAGAUGAAGAAGGUAUGAUAGAAAAAGAAGAGAUAGAACAAAUUGAUUCGAUAGAAAUGACAAGGGCUUCAAGUGGUGCUAUUACAUGGACAAGCGAUGAUAGUGAUAGUAACACUGAUGUAGAAGUAAAUACUAAUGAGAAAAAUGUUGUUAAAAUAUGA